UGUGCCCAACCUGGUGAGGGGGCAAGCUCUUGUGAAAGCCCAGCUACAGGGGAAGGGCACCAACCCUCCUCUGGUUCAACGUGCACUGUUCAUCCUGCAGUUCUCCCACCAGCCUAGUCAAAGUGUGCUUGUGUCAGCUCAGCCAGUCGUUUUCAUAAAAGGUUUCAAUCAGACAAACAAAAUUGUGGUUAGGUCACCUAUUAUUCUGCCCUGAGCAUUCGGUGCAUGUAAUUGCUUGUGCAUCAGUUUUGACCUGAUUGACCCAUGAAACAAAAUCAGUGCAAUGAGAAGUUUGAGGAAAGACCAAUAGCAUGAAAGUACCUUUAAAUGGGGCCCAUGGGUACCAGCAAACAUUUGUUCACAUAUGAAGAACGUGAAAAAAAUGUGAGAGCAAGGGUUAAGCUUGACAGUGACACUAGCCCUCUUGUGUCUGAAUCAUGCUUGGCUGUGGCUGGUUGUACACACACUUAGCUCUGGGAGAUGGCCGCAGCCACUAUCCACUGGCUGCCACGAACAUGCAUGCAAUUUGCAACCAUUACCAAAUAAUAACAACAUAGCCUCCCACUCAAUGUAGAGUCUAAACAUGGCCAGUACAUCGUUGUCCACAUGACCUCAGAUGGAAAGUAUCUAAUUUGAAAAUCAAACACAGGCACCCAUGCCUUGUCAGAAUUCCUUAGUUUUUGAGAAGUCAGGAAAAAUGGAGUGGAAACAGUGCAUUAUAGCCACUCUUUUGAUUUGCUUAUGUAUGGCGCUCAACACAGGUUUCUCUCGCUAGUUACUCAUGAAUAUAGCCAAAGUUUGCAUAUAGGCUGCAUCCGAAUCUCUUGUAUAGAGCUAGGUCUAGGUCUUUGCUCCAUUGGAAAUGCAUGGAGACGUGCAGACAAUAGACCUAGCCGUAGCUCUGGAAUCCCGUUUCGGACACGGCCAUAAUCUCCACUUCAGUAACAAUAACAACUGGCAGCUGGCACCCUGAUACAAGAUGGUUUACACACCCUAGUCACCAUGAAUACAUGCACAUCCUUGCUAAUCAGACUUCAGGAAAGGCAUCAUUCUCAAGGUGCAAAGUAAUCAUAAAAAGUCCAGAUGCUUGGGCACUCUGUCUGUCCUGAACUCAUAGAUACUUCUGAUACCAGGUCAGGUUUCCAGUCUUAUAGAUAUUUGAUUUAACGUAAUCCAUGCCGCCCUCUCUUGGCACAUAUUUUCAGUCUUUAAGUAAUUUGAAGUCCCACCUACUUGUAGAUUCAAUGUUACUUGUACUUCUUGAUAGUAUUUGCCGCAUGUACAUUGAUUUACCAUAUAUCAGAAGUGGCUUAAUGAAAAGAUCUUUCUCCCUUUUAGAGUAUUACCAGGAUGACCAAGUUCAAGCCCCUGUCGUUGAUUGUAUGGUACCAUUUCAUGAUUCACUGAAAUAUUUAUUUGCAAAAUGGUAACCAACCAACAGCUUUCAGACGGUUGUUUUAAUUUCCCAGAUUUCACUUCUCUCCUUUUCAGAUUGAGCAUUGGAUUUAAAGAUUUUUAUAGUGGAACUAGUGUGAACUUAAAUGUUCUUUGGCAGAUAUUUGAGUUAGUGACAAAAAUGUUACUGUUGAAAAAGAAAUUGCAGAGAAAUGGAUUUUCUUCUUGAGACAUUAGCAAAUGAUACGGUGAAUGGAUCAUCAAUAACUUAAUUUUUGACAGGUAUGUAACUGAAUUAAUCACUUUGAAACUGUUCAAAAAUAAAGGUAACAUUGUGUAGUCAUUUUUGGAGUUGUUGUUCAAAUGUAUAGGUUUUGUAUAAAAGAUUUAUAUUACAGUCAAAUUUGAAAAGUCUACAAUAGCAUUUGUUUUGUUACAAAUGAAAAAGACAAGUUCAAUAACCCUGUGUUCAGCACCAUUAUAAUCAGUUGUAGUCAGUUGCUAGAUUGGUUAUCUAGUUUGUAGGUGCUUUGGUUAGUCUGUUGGUCGCUUUGUCAUACUGGUGAGUUGAUCAUGCCAGUCGAUAUGGGCAAUAUUUGUGUCACCAAUGGUGAAACAAGUUGGUCAGUCAGUAAGUCGGUCAGUAGGAUUAUACAAUAUCCCAUCUCAAAAAGGUGAAACAGUUUGGUCAGUCAGUAAGUCGGUCAGUUGGAUCAUACAAUAUCCCAUCUUAAUCAGCACUUUCAUGGUUGUUACAUUUGUGUGAACUGGCUUUAUGGCUGGCUUGUUUGAGGUAACUGACUCCAGACUGUGCAAAUUGUCUUUUUUUUCCUGUUUUUCAAAUUAUGCAGUUAAUGCACUUGUCGGAGCAGUGAAAGUUUUGUGAAUGGGGGUGAUUCAAAAGUGAAAAUGGACGGCAAAAUUUUUACAUGUAUUUUGAAAGAAAAGAGCCCGGGGCACAUUUCUUCACUGGCGUCUUCACUAAACUCUGCUGUAGUUAUCCAGUAUCACAGUUUUUUGUUGGGGUGUUUGUUUGUUUUGGUGUUUGUUUGUUUGUUUGUUUGGUUUAUUUUCAGACGUAUUGUUUUAAAGAAAUUUGCCUUGAAAAAGUAAUUUGCCCUGCGAACAAGCGCACUGUUGUCAUGACGGUCCUUUCAACUCCGAUUAUCAGCCCAGGCCAGCUCUCGCUCGACGUCACAGAACAUGUCGACUCAAAUUUACUAACCUGGAUAGUAAGCCAGUCGAAAGACUUUGCCAUUAUUCGCAGUCGUUCAUCGAUUCGCAUCUGGGCCAAAGAAGUAUUGGUAUCCUACCGUUGUCAUCGCAGGAUCCAUACGUCUGGGCACCAGGCAUACAAAUUGCUAGAAAACAAACAGGAAAUAGCGAAUAUGGACAGCGAGCAGAUAUUCAGGAAAGCCGAAGAAAACUGGUUCAGCGCUGCUGUUUAUGAUGGUGAAAAGUCAGGACUGAUCCCAAUGAAUUAUGUCAAAGUCAAACCAUGCAGCUUCCUGCAACAAGUCACAAGAAGCGGUGCUGAAUCCUUGCUGGACAAACAAAAAGAUGGCGCAUUUGUCAUUCGCAGGAGCGAGAGUGAUCCUAGCAAUGAAAAGAAUUUCUCCUUGUCAGUCAAGUACGGCGAGUCAAUACAACAUUUCAAAAUCCUAACUGACCUCAGUAACAAAUUUUUCUUGUGGGUGGUGAAAUUCAACACGCUGAACGAAUUGGUGGAUUACUACAAAGCAGCCUCCGUCAGCCGGACUCAGCAGAUUUUCCUGAAAGAAAUGAACCCCCCUGGAGCCAAUGGGGAAUUUGGCUCAGACACCACGGAGUACGCCAAGGCCAAGUUUGACUUCAAUGGAGAGGAGGAAGGCGAAAUCACGUUCCACAUGGGCGACGAGAUCGAGAUCCUGAAGAAGCUGGACGAGAACUGGUGGGAGGGCCGGCUGCGGCCCAAGGCGGGCCAGAGGAUGGGCAUGAAGGGGCUUUUCCCCGCCUCCUACGUCCAACUCAUCAAAUAACGGGAGGCGCGUGAGUCCAGAUUGCCUUAGGAUAGUAAGCAUAAUUAACAGGCCGUUUGAAAUGAGAGCGCACGCUGGAUAAUUGGUACACAUUACACAGGCAUCAAACUUGAAGUUGGGCUUCAGUGUGACAUACUGCAGAUUUUUGUGCUGUGAAAAACCUUUGUUUCCAACACAAAAUCAAACACAUGCAUUUUGGUUCAUGUUUUCUUUAGUUCCUCUUUUGUCUUUUUUUGUAGUCUGUGAAAGGAGCAUGAACCGUAAGCAAUUUUCAUAUUCCUGUUCAGUUGCCGAUAGAUUUUCUUAUUCUUUUGGAAAUUGUCUUUGAAAACGAGGUAUAGUCUUAAAGUUAUUCAACAGACUUGAUCUGCAUUUGUUUUUAAACAGGAGAAUGCUUUUUUUUGGGGGGGGUUAGAAGUUGGAGAAAAGGUGAGGAAUUUUGAGUUUCAAUUGACUCCAAGGGACCUGGCCAACAGUCGCUGUUUGUUCACCCUGGUGCUUUUCUUCAGCAGGAAACACAACCCACAAAUAUCACAUGAAGUGUUUUAAUAGUUGGAUGCAGGCAGUGCUGCACAUUAUAAUGCAGUGAAUUGGACAGCCUUGACUACAGCCACAUAGAUGCAAGGCCUUGUGACAUGAGGCUCAAUGACAACCUCCUGUCAUCCGAGGUUUCAACAAUUGCUUCUUGAGAUUGUUCUAUUUUGCUGUUUGACUAGCCGUAUUGCACAAGUGAGCUCUGAAGGUGCAGUCCUUGAAUGUGCCAUGAAUAUUCAGAUGAACUUAAAUCCACACAGAGGUCUUUCUUGCCAUCGGCACGUUCGGUCACUUUCAUCAUGUUUACUGUUGCAAGUGCAAAUUCAUCCAUUUGUAAAUUCAUUCAGUUUGACUCUUAUUAAGUGAGUUCUUGUGCUUACUGAAGCUUGGCCUAGAAGUAGCCAUAUGCUGGUUACUUUGAGAGGGUGUCCUACAGUAUAAUGCAGAAACUUGGCAGCGUAGUCAAACAUUGCUAAGGAAAGUUGACACCAUUGUUAGUACUCUGUAGUUCAAAAAUAUUGUUAAGUAUUGUGGCAAAUUGGCUCACGUUGUAAAAGAAAGGCCAGAUAUGUGUGUUUGAAUGCCUGUUGCAUUCUUACUUUCAGGUUCAUUUUGCCAAUGAAAUCAAUGUAUGAUCUCUUGACCUGGUUGAAGUCACUUCAAGUAACCAGAGAUCAUUCGUUGAUACUCACAGAUUGUAUAUGCCCAUCCAUCCCUGUGACAAAUGCAAUAAGGAAGUAACCAAACAUGCUGUAUGUGUAGCAAGUAAUGUCUAGCCAGUGGCAUUGUAGCUUGCUGGCGCAAAGAGUGCUGUGGGAGAGAAAGUGAAUGUACGAUUGAUGUAACUCAGAAAACCGAAAUUGUCAGGGAAGUGCAGGGGUUCAAAAGCCAAUUCACACAUUGACCUGGAGGAGAUUCGAGCGUAACUCACUGAGGCUGAAGGCAAUGAUAGCACAUGCACAAUGGCAUCAGUUGGUGGCCAUGGUGAAACUACUUGACAAUGACACGAUAGCUUGAGAAGCUGCUAGCAAUUGGCUGCUGCCAUUUCUCAUUGACCUGUGUGUUCCUGUGAGCCCUAGCCAGGUAAUUUGGACAAAGCCUGACUGGCCAAAGUAAAUGAUCGCUUAAAAUCACUGGCUCCUUCCAUGCAGAGAGAGAGUGAGAUGAAAGCAUUUUGGCCAGCCGUGAAUUCUUACUGAGAUGGCAGGAAGAGGAAAGUAGUGGCACACCUUGUCAAAGUUGUAGUAGACAAAAACCAAACAGAGAUGUGGUGUAAUGUAAUUACCAGUACCUGUAGGUUAUUCACCAGCAGCUUAAGGUAUAUGUAACCUCUUUCCUUAAGUUCAUCAUUGUCUGUAAAGUGGUCAUGAUUGUGGGAGUGUCCCUUGUUUUCAGUACCUUGUAUUUUCAAUAUCACAACAGACCAAAGUGAGCACAAGACCUUGAUGUACUCAACAUGUCAACACCCCCCCACCCUGUUCUGUCUAAAGCCCUGUGCCUGCUGUUGAUCUAGAAACCAUCCAUGAGCCAGUGAUUUCACACAGCAACUGCCACUGUGCUGGGGUCAUCAUACCCUUGCUUUCGUCUGUCCCUUGCUCUGUUGAAUCCAACAGCAAGGCUGUCUUGAUCCUGAUCUGAGCCUGUUGGUCAGUGGCGACUUUCAAGUUGGAAUGUUUAGAUCGUGCAGACCUUGAUGAUGUGAAACUCUUAUCCAGAAGGGUGAAAGGAGAAUUUAUAAUACAGGAGGAAGAAUGAUUGCCAGUGAUUUCCAAUGAUUUCCAAUGAUGGUAUUUUUGUCUGUUCUGUAUUAUGGAUCCAUCUAUUCAAUGCACACAGAAACAAUGUUUCAGCAACUUUGGAAGACUUUUUAGUAGAAAAUUGCUGCUGUAUAACUCAUUUUAAGGCUAUAUUAAAGACGUGAAUCAGGCAUUUGCUUCUUAAUGCAUAGCUUAUUGAUAAGCAUAGGUCUAAAAGAUGAUAGUGUUGCAUCUAUGCAUAAACAAAAAAUCAUGUGUACAAAAACUGUAACAUGGUGAAUGGUUUCCGUUCUUGUACCUAUAAAUACUUUAAUAUGUAUAAUAAUGUGUGAGUUAAUGAAUGGACGUAAAGAGAUAAUGAUGAAAUGGUGGGAGGGCAAAAAAGAUAUGAUGUGCAGAGCAGAAGCUGUGGUAUGUAUCUUGCAUGCUUGCUUAUUUUUGUACACAGUGCCAUGUAAUGUCAUCUUUGUUUAAUUGUCAAUUUCUGUAGUUUGUGCUGCAGUGCAUCGUGUUCUGAGAGAGUCACUGUUGUGACUUGUUUGGUCUAGUUGUUGGGUGCUCAUGUCUGCUGUACUACCCUGACAGUACAACUCGGACACCAUCUUAGGUUGACAGGAGGUUUUGGUUUACACUGUGCCAAAUUUCUUGUGUGUUGGGUUGGUCUGUGAGGUUGGAUAAGGUAGACCUGGAAAAAUGCUGUCCUUGAUCAAAGAGGGUAAUGAGGUGAGGAACGGUGCAGAGAAGGGGAAAUUGUGUCCCUUUCCUCACUACAUUUCCCUCAAAUUUUGAGAUCACUGAUGGUGCAUGUGACAACUUCUGUCAGGGAAACCCUUUGCAAGUUGACCUGGACUGAGUGUCAUGGAGGUCCCAUUCAGAAAAAUUAUGGUCAAUUAUAUGGAAUGACAUAUGUGGAAUUACAUGGCAAAUUAUGUGGAAAGGUAGUUGGCUUGGAACCAGACACGAGUAGUAUUUAUUGCAUAUUGCAUGACUUUUUGGCUGGUAGCCUGAGCCAAUAUUCUCUAUGUUUACCAGCUCUAUGGAAAUUUCCCAGUUCUGACAGUGGCCUGUUUGUUAAUAACGUGAAGCAGUUCCCACUUGGGCGACAUCUUGUGAAAAAAAGAGACCCUAUUGCCAUGAGUCAUGUUGGUCCUUCACAACAUGAUAACUCCACAGGUUUAGGAAAUACACGUAUGCACAAGGAAAACCCUUGCAAGUUGUC